UAUUUUUUUGGCUUUAUUUUUUUUCUUAAUUCAUUGUGUAUAUUCCAAGAGCAAAAGGUAUGAAAACUAUACUUUGUUCAACCUUGUCGCGACAGAGCGAUAUCAAAUUAAGUUUCUGCAAAAUUUGGAGGCACAAAAAUACAUAGAUGCUAUUUUCUGGAGACGUCCUUUCAAAAUGUUCAGCGAUAUCCAAGUUCUAGUAAAUCCUAUGGAUUUAGAAAUUUUUAAGGAGAGAUUAGUGCAUUUUGGCAUGAAUUCAAGAAUUUUGUCUGACAAUAUACAACGCGAGUUCGACCAACAAGUAAUCCACAGAUAUUUACGCCUCAAAACAGCGUCUUAUUCUUGGAACAACUACCAUUCACUAGAAGACAUAUACCAAUGGAUGUCUGAUAUUGCUGAAAAAUAUCCUAAACUAAUAAAACUCAAGGACAUUGGUAAAACUAUUGAAGGCAGGGAAAUCCUGGCUAUGAAUAUAUACAGACCAGGUUCUAAGAGGAAAGUUAUAAUAGACGCAGCGAUACAUGGUAAUGAAUGGAUCACGGCAGAGUUUGUGACCUAUCUAGCAAAUCACUUGGUGAAAGCUGAUAAGUCGAAGAAUAGCAAAUUGAGACGAGUGGCGCAUAAGUAUAACUGGUUUCUGAUACCCGUCGCUAACCCUGAUGGGUAUGUCUAUAGUAUGAAAAACGAUCGAUUAUGGCGGAACAAUAGGCACAUUGAAAAUAACAAUACAAUCGGUGUUGACCUCAACAGGAACUUCGAUUAUAGUUUUUGCACUCAAGGUGCCAGCAAAGAACCAUCGAAAGAUUACUUUUGUGGUUCCAAGGACUUUUCGGAGCCGGAGUCGAGGGCUAUUGCCGACUUUGUGAGUAUUCACCGGAAGGACCUAUAUUUCUACAUCUCACUCCACGCGUACGGACAAAAGAUUUUGAUUCCGUACUCAGACAGGGUGAAGCAUGUCGAGAACUUUGGUGAAUUGGAAAAUUAUGGGAAACAAGCAAUAUUGAAAAUGUAUAAAGUGAACGGGGUCAAAUACGGUAUUGGAACCAUUUAUGAUAACUUUGGUUAUAGAAUCUCGGGUGACAGUGCUUCAUGGGUGAAGAAAAAUCAUAAAGUUAAAUAUGUGUUAACCAUGCUACUACGUGACAACGGGACGUAUGGGCACGCGUUGCCCGCGAACCAAAUUUUGCCAACCUGCGAGGAAACGCUGGUGGGCAUAACAGAAAUAUUGACGGCUCGCCAUAGAAGAGUUGCACCCGUCCUUUUUAGCGAUGCAACGCGUUCCGAAACAUAA